UGGUGGUUCACGCUCGGGACGACUUCAGCGCGCUUCACGGCAGCACACCCUACACCCACAGCAGCCCCGGGACACCCAUCAGCAUGCCCUGGCUGGGGGGCCUGCAGACGGGCCGAGGAGCCGCCGUGCUCAUCAAACGCAACAUCAACAACGUGAGGCGGAUGACGUCACACCCCACGCUGCCCUACUGUGAGUGCUUCAGUUAUCAGGGCAAUAAGUUUGGGAUCGUGGUUGCGGACGGAGCGCUCAGUCUCUGGCAGACCAGCACCUCAGGAAACACUCCCAAACCCUAUCUGACGCUUCAGUGUCACAAUAAGACGGCGAAUGACUUUGUGUUUGUGGGCUCGUCGUCUCUCAUCGCCACUGCAGGCCUGUCCACAGACAACAGGAACGUGUGUCUGUGGGAUACGCUGGUCACGCCAGCAUACAGUCUGGUUCACGGUAAGUCAUCACACACACUCACACACACACACACACACGCACACAGACACACACACACACACACACACACACACACACACGUGCGUGCGCACACACACACACACACACACACUCAAACUUGUAGGAGUGUCUUUCUUCAGCCGAACACUAAAGAAGAUGAUGUUUUAGAGCCCAGACAGUUGACGGUACCCAUUCACUUCCAUCGUAUUUUUUCCUAUAGUAUAGAAGUCAAUCGGUGCCGUGAACUGUUCGCUCUUCAAAACAUCAUCUUCAGUGUUCAGCAGAAGAAAGACACUCGUUCAGGCUGAGGAAGAGUAAAUGAUCACAAGGUUUGAUUUUUGGCUGAACGAUUCCUCUCACACAGACGAUGCAGUUAGAUGAGUGUUAGUCGAACCUGUGUUUGAAUACGAAGCACUUUGUGUGUGAAGCCAAAGCAUCAUUCCAUUUGUGACUCAACCAAUCAGCUGUCGCUUGAUUUCAGAGCCGCUAACUGGAAUGAAGAUCACAGCUACUUUUAUUUUCAGUGUAAAUAUGGAGUUGAACACGAGGCUUGAUGAAAUUAUUCUGUGUUAAAGAUAAAGCAUAUUUAUAAUCAUUGAGGCUCCU